CAAAGAGUGCAAACACAGAUAGACUGAAUUAAAAGAUCACUAUGCAGGCAAACAAGUCCUUUGUGGAUGUUGCCGAUGAAGUCGACCUUGACCUCUCCCCAUUCCUAAAACGGUACAAGGAUGGCCGAAUCGAGCGGUUGCUGAUGAGUCCUUUCAUAGCUGCGUCGGAGAACCCGACAGCCAACCGCGGGGUGGGAACGAGAGAUGUGGUCAUCGACCACGGCACCGGCGUGUCGGCACGGCUGUUCCUCCCCUACCGAGCCGCCAUGGCCGGCAGGAGGCUCCCCCUCGUCGUGUACAUUCACGGCGGCUCCUUCUGCACGGAGAGCGCCUUCUGCCGGACGUACCACGGCUACGCCACCUCCCUCGCCGCCAACGCCGGGGCGCUCGUCGUGUCGGUGGAGUACCGCCUCGCGCCGGAGCACCCCAUACCCGCGGCCUACGACGACGCAUGGUCUGCGCUCAAAUGGGUGGCCUCCCUCGCCGACCCAUGGCUCGCCGACUACGCGGAUCCCAGGCGCACGUUCCUCGCCGGCGACAGCGCCGGCGGUAACAUCGUAUACCACACGGCAGCGCGGGCCAGCCGGGAAGGCAUCGACAUCGAGGGGGCGAUCAUCGUGCAGCCCUACUUCUGGGGAGCCGAGCGGCUGCCUUCCGAGGCGGCCUCGGAUGGCGCCGGGGUGUUCCCGGCGGACGAGGUGGACUUGCUCUGGCCGUUCGUGACGGCGGGGCAGGCCGGCAACGAUGACCCCCGGCUCAGCCCUCCCGACGAGGAGAUCGCGUCGCUGAUGUGCAGGCGCGUCCUGGUGGCCGUGGCGGAGAGGGACAUCCUGCGGGAACGCGGGUGCCGCCUGUUCGCCGGCAUCCGCGACUACUACGCGCGCACCGGCGGCGAGGCGACGCUGGUGGAGUCGGAGGGCGAGGACCACGGCUUCCACCUCUACAGCCCGCUGCGCGCCACCAGCAGGAGGCUCAUGUCGAGCAUCGUGGGCUUCAUCAACCAGCCGCCGGCGCCGGAGCUCAACGGCGGCUUGCAUUGGCAUGCAUGGGAGGGUAAGAAGAUUAACAGGAUAUCGACGAUGACGACGGCUCCAACUCCAAAGCCUAUGAUACUAGGCGUGCCUCGCCGGCCGUUUAGGGACGUAUUUGGCUAUGGGAUGGACAUGAAACAUCAUUGCAGUGGCUCGAGCUCGACGACCUGCAUGGCAUCAACAAUUGGAGGACGUGGCAAAGCUGCUUCGUCCAAGAACAACUAUGGGCUCUUUUCGGGCCCAGUGUGGCCUAAUAAGGCCUACAAGAAGGGGCGGCCAGCGGCAGCAGCAGCAGCACUUCCCGGAACUCAUCAUGUUAUCUAGAACUUCUUCUAGAGCAUGAAAGAGACAUAUAUAUAUGUUCCAAAACAUGUGGUAAUAAUUAAGGGCUGUCUUCACCAAAGAUAGUGUACUUGUACUAUUGUAUAUUAUAUUAAUAAAUAAAGGUGAAGGAUUGUA